GAAUGCGGCAAGAUAUGCCCCCCUUUGCAAAUGCCCCUUUGAACUCUCAGAAGAGCUGGGCGCUGUUUCUAGCUCGAAGCCGCUCGCACGACUCCAUGCGGGGGCAUCUCAACCGAGAUGAUGGGGAACUUCGCGCGAAUGUUAACACGUGAACCGCCUGUUUGCGGAUACGAGUGAACAUCGGAUCGUUGAGAAGGAAUGUGCAAGUCCGAACUGGCCGACAGUGGAAUUUCGUAACUCGGAAAAAAAGUUGACUGUCCGGGCCAACGGGAUAGCGUGGAUAUUUUGCGUGGAAGUGCUGAACUUCGGCGCACUACAGCGAGGAGGAGGAGGAGGAGAAAGGCACCGUUUGGGGAAAUGGACGGCAUCGUCGCACACGUAAAGGUUUUGGAACUCAAGUGAACCAUGGAAAGAAAUAAAGGAAACUAGCUGUUUGAUCCCACAGAUUAUGUACGCCACAACUGCUGUACGAUUAAGAGGUGAAGAAAACAAAUGGAGCCAUCUUGUGGCAUCUUAGUGUUAUAGGAAGAGUAUGAAACCCGGGAAUAGAUCUGCUGCCAUGCCAGUGUGGGUGAUAUGUCAUCUUCCAGUGAUAGCAGUGCGAUCACUGCUAUCACUUGUGCUAUUAGCAACAGGCUGGGGCCUUACCUCGAAGCCUGGUUUUGUGGUACAAGGAAAGGACUCAUAUUCUGCCUUUUAUCCCACUUUCGUACGGAAUGACACAGAAUUUGAGCACUUGGCCUUGCAUCCUCACCCCAAUGUGGGUCGAGUUUAUGUUGGAGCUUGUGACAACUUGUUUCAGUUGGACAAAUUGCUCCAGCCUGAACUCCAGGAUCACACUGGACCAGUCAAAGACAGCCCAGAGUGCUUGCCUCCUGUAACCGAGAGUAACUGCCCUCAAGCAAGGCUCACCAGCAACCACAACAAGCUCUUGCUGAUUAACCCGUACUCCAUGGAACUUAUUACUUGCGGCAGUGUCAACCAAGGUAUCUGCCAGAAACGAAGUCUUGAUUCUAUCAAAAAGGUGCUGUUCUCCACUGAGACACCAGUGGAUACUCAAUAUGUAGCAGCUAAUCACCCCAAUGUUAGUACUGUUGGACUCAUCGUUCAGUCGCAUCCGCACAGGCAGCCGGUUCUUUUUGUUGGUCGAGGCUACACAAGCAGCCACCCACCCAUCGCCACACGAAACCUGGACCAGGAGCCCAUCUUUUCUUAUGAGGAAACUGCAAAGUUGGCUGUGGCUGGUCGCCUCUCUGAAUAUGACCAUCAUUUUGUAGCAUCCUUUGCCCACCAUCAUCACGUGUACUUCCUCUUCUACAGACGAGACUUGAAGUCAAAAUCACGCGAGUACCGCACCUACAUCUCACGUGUAUGUUUGGAUGACCAAGCCUAUUAUUCGUAUGUGGAAGUGCCCCUCACAUGCCAUUCCCGGGCAGGGAAAAAUUAUAAUCUCCUUCAAGCAGUCCAGCUUGGGUUCUCCAAAGAUGGCACAGGGAGUCAAGGGUCUGAGAUUGUUCUUGGUGUUUUUUCCACUCGGUUGGCUUCAUCAAAUCGACCCAGUGAGGACUCUGCCCUAUGCAUGUUUAACCUGGAAGAUGUGGACCGCAGGAUUAACUCCACCAGAGACCUGUGUUACACAAAGAUGGGCAGAGUGUCCGGAACGGAGGCAGCCUACAUCGAGUACGAAGUCAAAUCUAAAUGUGUCAACCUGCUAGAGAAUACUCUCGAUAGGUACCCUUGCGGCUCGGAUCACACGCCCAGCCCCAUGGGUAGUCGGAUUGCUGUGGAAGCUGAAACCAUUUUGGACAGCCCCUCUGCUCGACUCACAGCGGUUGCCGUGAGCAUGAGGGCGCGCCAUACAAUUGCAUUCUUGGGAGACUCCAAGGGAAACCUGCACAAGGUGUUCCUGGGGCCAAAUGGUGAGGUGGAGGAAUACUCCAUAAGUUCCAUUCAGCAGAACACAGCCAUCAACUCAGACCUUGUCCUGGAUAAAGAGGAGCAGCAUCUCUUCAUCAUGACCCAUAACAUGCUGCAGAAGAGGCCGGUAGCUGAAUGCAAGCAGAACCCCGACUGUCACUCCUGCCUGCAGGCCCAUGAUCCUUACUGUGGCUGGUGUGUCCUAGAAGGAAGAUGUGUUUUGCAGUCAGAGUGUCCUCGUGGGAACCACCCCGGCCAGUGGCUUUGGAGCUUUGACAUGGAACAGCAGUGCCUGGCUGUACAAGAACUCAACCCAUCAAACAUCAGCAGGGGAGAAAGCAGGACAGUCUCUUUAUCAGUUCCAGGGCUUCCAGUGUUAGAAAAGGGGGAGUCCUUCUCCUGUUUCUUCCAAGGGCUCCACAGCCCUGCCGCAGUCACUGGAAGUGGUGUCACCUGUCAUUCUCCACACACCAGCCAAGUGCCUAUAGUACCUCCAGGACAGGAUUUUGUCACAGUCCUCUUGUCUCUUCGUUUUGGUGAUGUCACAGUUGCAGAGAGUGAUUUCACCUUUUAUGACUGCUUGGCUGUUAAGCAGCUUUCAGGGAGUAUGCUCUGCCGUGGUUGUGUUCUGAGCCGAUGGGGUUGUAAUUGGUGUGUUCACCAGCACUUAUGUACCCACAAGCCCACCUGUGAGGAGGGCGUUAUCAUCUAUAACCAACAUUUUGAACUCCCCACCUCAGCUCCUACCACUACCAAAACGCUAAAGGUUUUCACAACGCCCACCACCACAGCUGUGGCCACGGCCACCGCGACAGCCAUCACAGUAGCUCCCACAACAAUGGCAACAACUAUUGCCACAACAACUACAGCUCCUGUUGCUGCGUUGACCACUCAGGCACCUAUCACCCCACAUUCCAUUGCUCCUGAGAUGACUACCACCCCUCAGCCUUCCAGUAGCUUGGCAAUCACCAAACUCGCAUCUAUCACAUUCCCACCCAUAGACAUUACAACCAGGAAAGAAGACUCUUCUGAUGGAGUUGAAGUUAUGUUCAUCACCGAAACAGGCUUGGAGGGUGCUGACGUUACUCCAAGUGCAGAAUUACUGCCUGUGACCAUUGGUGGGGAUCUAAAGCCCAUAAUGCCUCUGGUGAUCCCACCUCCUGACUCUGACUCCCUGGAGGUGAUGACAGAAUUACCCCACACUGAAACCCAGGAACUUGGGGGAACACUGAGCUGGGUGGAUCCACUCACCCCGACAUCAUCUGGCUUCCCUCUGCCAACACCCUUUCUCACAGGCAAAUCAACCAACUCUGAGUCUUCCAUCUCACUGGAUCUGAUUGAGGCAACAACUCUGGUACCACCUCUAGACUCUCAAACUCAGUCUCAAAGCAGGGAUGUCAACCCUGAUGUGCUCUGGCCCAAGGAGGAAGACGACAUCCCUGGUGAUGGCACUUUCCUUGCAGACAACGACACCGCCAAUUUUUCAGCUGGCACCGUGCUUUCAGGUGAUGGUGAAGUUGACCGUGCAUCUCCAGUUUAUCCCCACUUGGUGGAUACUGAGCUGGACUACCAGUACGAUCCUGCUGAAAGCUUCCUCCCGGGUGAUGAGGGCUCCUAUGUCAGCUGGGGUUCUUCAGCUUGCCCUUGUGUGGAGAAGGUCCAGGGUUCAUCGUUACUCCCUGUCAGAGUUGAGAGGAAAAUCACUUUACUUGCCCACAACCUUCAUCUGUAUCAGGAUACUGAGUUGGACUACCAGUGUGUGUUGGUCAUUGAGGGGCAAACGGUGGUGGUGGAUGCCUAUGUGGAGACUGAUGAGAUGAAUCCAUCCAACUUUGACAUCACCUGUCAACUACACCAGUACACAUAUUCUGCUCCUGUGGAAGAAUAUCAAGCUAUGGUGUAUGUGAAGAGGAGGGACAAAUUCCAUGUUGACAGCUCUCCUGAUCUUUAUGUGACUUUGUACAACUGCUCGGUGGGACGGUCUGACUGCAGUCGUUGCCACACAGCAGAGCACAAGUAUGGUUGUGUGUGGUGUGGAGGUGCACGGGCCAGUUGUUUAUAUUCUGGCUCAUGCAGUGAAGCGGUACAGCAGACAUGCCCAGCUCCGGUCAUUCAUUCUAUUGACCCACUCUCUGGCUUGCUCGAAGGUGGCACUAUGGUGACCAUAACAGGCUCCAACCUGGGCCAAAAAGCAGAGGACAUCCUCAGUUCUGUGUCGGUGGCUGGUGUGCCUUGCGUAGUCAUAAGCAGUCUCUAUGAAGUCUCCUCCAGGAUUGUUUGCAGAACAAAAGCUAGUGAAGGAGAGAAGGUGGGCCAUGUGUCUGUUAAAGUGAGCAAGGGAGAGUUUGGCUUUUCCAGACAGACAUUCAGCUUUCAGGAUCCAUUUGUGAUGGGAGUAUUGCCUGAAAGAGGUCCCAAAGCUGGUGGAACAACGCUGACAAUCAGUGGCCGAAACCUGUUGACAGGACGUCCUUCUGAUCUCACCGUCACUCUGGGAGGAGUGCCCUGUAACAUGGUGUCAGAGGUUCAGAGCUCCCGUGUUCAGUGCGUGACAGGUUGCAGCAACAAGACAGGAAAUCACCAGGUCACUCUGCAUUACGGCAGCAGCCAACGCCACCUCCACACUUCAGCUUACCGCUACACUCACAACCCCAACAUCACCCACGCCAAGCCAACUAAGAGCUUCCUGAGUGGUGGUCGACUGAUCUAUGUGUCAGGCCACAACCUGGAUGUAGUGCAGGUACCCCAGAUGGUUGUGACUGUGUCUCCUUACGAGUCCAUCCAGAAGAAUAAGAGGAGAAGAAGGAAGAAGCGCAGAAGCAGAGACGAGAAAGUGGAACAGACCAAAAUGGUUCCUGACCCAGUUUGUCCGGGAGAUCUGCUCUGCUCUGUCAAACAGUUCACAGAACGUUGUGAGGUGAAUUCCUCAUCCUUGAUCCUGUGUCGAUCUCCGAUGGUGGACUCUUCUGUUUGGCGGUCAAAGGUCACUGUGGAGUUUCUGCUGGACAACCUGCGCUUUGAUGUUAAGAUUGUGAACCCGCAAGCCUUCAGCUAUGAGCCCAACCCUGUCCUGCGCCCGCUGAAUCAGCAGGACCCUCUGAAGGCAUAUCGUUACAACCCUGGCAGCUUCAUCCAGCUAGAGGGGGAAAAUUUAGACCUAGCUAUUAACAAGGAGGAGGUGGUUGUGUUAAUCGGGGAAGGUGUGUGUGCUGUGAAGACACUUACAAGAAACCAUCUGUACUGCGAACCGCCACCACAUCAGCCAGCAUCGGGAACUAAUGGCAAGAAACGAGACGGUUCUGACACCCUACCAGAAUUCACUGUCCAUAUGGGAAACUUAAACUUCUCCCUGGGUAAGGUUCAGUAUGACAAUUUAAGCCUGGCCACCUUUCCCUUGGAAGCUCAGAUUGGAGUCGGAGUUGGGGCAUCCAUCGUGGCACUCAUUGUCCUAAUCAUUGUACUUGUAUACAGGAGAAAGAGUAAGCAGGCUUUAAGAGACUACAAAAAAGUUCAAAUCCAACUCGAAAACCUUGAAACCAGCGUGAGGGACCGUUGCAAGAAGGAGUUCACAGACCUGAUGACAGAGAUGAUGGACAUGUCAAGUGACCUCGUUGGUUCUGGAAUCCCUUUCCUUGAUUACCGGAUGUACGCUGAACGCAUUUUCUUCCCCGGCCACCGGGAGUCACCACUGAGGCGAGACCUGGAUGUUCAGGAGUGUCGCAGACAGACAGUGGAGCAGGGUCUGGUACAACUAUCUAACCUUCUCAACAGUAAACUCUUCCUGACCAAGUUCAUUCAUACCCUGGAAAGUCAACGAACUUUCUCUCCCCGAGACCGUGCCUAUGUUGCCUCUUUACUUACGGUGGCGUUGCACGGCAAACUGGAAUACUUUACUGAUAUCCUCAAAACCCUCUUGAACGACCUUGUGGAGCAGUAUGUGGCCAAGAACCCCAAACUGAUGCUGCGGAGAACCGAGACAGUGGUGGAGAAGCUGCUGACCAACUGGAUGUCCAUCUGUCUCUAUGCUUUCCUCAGAGACUCUGCCGGGGAGUGCCUUUACAUGCUUUUCAGGGCAAUCAAACACCAGGUAGAUAAAGGACCGGUUGAUGCUGUCACAGGCAAGGCCAAAUACACACUCAACGACAACCGCUUGCUGCGAGAGGACGUGGAGUACAAAACCUUGACACUUAAUGUACUGGUGCAGGGCGGAGGAAUUAAUGAGUGCCAGCCGCUACCCUCGAAAGUGCUGGACUGCGACACCAUCACACAGGUGAAAGAGAAGCUGCUGGAUCAGGUGUACAAAGGCACCUCUUUCUCUUACCGACCGCAUACAGACUCAUUGGACCUCGAGUGGAGGUCUGGUGUUGCCGGUCAUCUCAUCUUGUCAGAUGAGGACUUAACAUCUGUGUUCCAGGGCAACUGGAAACGUCUCAACACCUUGCAGCACUACAAGGUCCCAGAUGGUGCAACAAUAGCUCUGGUCCCUCGGCACACGAAACACAUUCACCAUGACAACCAUGACUACGUGGCUGGAGAGAAAACACCGAUGUUGGAGGACGCAGAGGAAGGCGGCAUGAGACUCUGGCAUCUGGUGAAGGCCAGCGAAGAACCUGAGCUGCCCAAACAUCGCAGAGGCAGUCUGAGAGAAAGAGAGAGGGCCAAGGCCAUACCAGAGAUCUACUUGACCCGCCUGCUUUCCAUGAAGGGGACCCUGCAGAAAUUUGUAGAUGAUUUGUUUACAGUUAUCCUCAGCACCAGCCGACCCGUCCCACUGGCUGUCAAAUACUUCUUUGACCUGCUGGAUGACCAAGCUGGUCAACACUGUAUCUCUGACCCAGAGACUAUACACAUUUGGAAGACCAACAGUCUCCCACUGCGUUUCUGGAUCAACAUUGUGAAGAAUCCCCAGUUCAUCUUUGAUGUGCAAGCCUCAGACCAUGUGGAUGCAGUGCUGUCAGUCAUCGCUCAGACCUUCAUGGACUCCUGCACCAUUGCUGAGCACAAAUUGGGACGGGAUUCGCCCAUCAACAAACUGUUGUAUGCUAGAGAUAUCCCCCGUUACAAACAGAUGGUAGAAAGAUACUAUGCUGACAUUAGGCAGACUAUCUCUGCCAGCGACCAAGAGAUGAACUCUGCUCUGGCUGAACUGUCAAGGUUCCUCUGCGUAGCGUGGGUUGUGCCUUGUGCCUCUUUUUUCCGUCUCUCUCCAGCACUAAUCGCCUCCUCACCUGCGCACCUGGUUCCAAUCAGCACUCGUCACAGCCUGUACUUAAACCUGCCUGUUCCUGUGUUCCAGCGCCAGAGUAUUCUCGCUCCUACACGGUACAACGGCCGACUCCUUGCUCAUGAUCUGUCCUCCUGUGUCUCCUGUCACGACGCUGGCUUCAACCGCACUGCCAAGUUCACUCACCUGCUCACGCUGCAGUCUCCUGCUUCUACGGACCACCAUCACGCCUUGGAAUUCUUGACCUCGCGCUUCACCCUAAUAAACCCCUUCCAACUGCUUCCUCAGUCUCAGUCUGCUUUUGGGUCUAGUCCAAUACCAUUUGGUACAAACCGAGACAGCUAUGAGAACUAUUCAGGAGAACUGAACUACUUGGUUGCGCUGCAUGAGCUGUACAAGUAUAUCAAUAAAUACUACGACCAGAUAAUCACAGCACUAGAGGAGGACACCACAGCCCAGAAGAUGCAGCUUGGCUACAGGCUACAGCAGGUCGCUGCGGCUGUAGAGAAUAAGGUCACAGACUUGUGACAGAAAACUCCUCCCGGUGAUAUAAGAAACAGUGGAGUGAGCGGGUAUACCUUGCUGGUUGAACUGAAACACACGAUAGCACUGGAGAUUUUUAGGACUGAUCGCUUGCAGAACAGGGGCUUAGUUUUUAAAUCAACUUUGUAAUUUUAUUACUAAGCAGCUGAAGAUAAAGAUGGCUGAAGUUGACCUCCUAGCUCUUUUUUUGUACUAUUUGUAUAUUGUGGACUUUGGGUUAUUGUAAGAAUAUGACAAUUACCUGGAAAAAUGAAGAUGGGAUAUAAAAUUAACACAGUUCACGCCUGCUGUUAUGGUAAUGUCAAUUCAUUUUGUUCUCUUGUUGCUGCUGUACGGUCAAAUCGAUUUUCUUGCUUAAUAUGUGUGAACAGUGAUCCCUGGUUGUUUUUGCUGGUUGUCACUUAACCUGUAUUGUUUUGGUGUCAAACUGCUCACAGUCACCGAUGUUUUAAAGCGGUGAAAGUAGCUUGAGAAAAACCCCUUCUGUCCUCCGUAAGUGAUUCAUUGUACAGGGAACUUGUGACAACAUUUGCCCCCCCUUCUACUUUCAUUUUCAACACAUCCCCUAUACCCGAUUAGCCGCAAGUUUCUCAAGUGCUUCUCUCUACCUCAACCUGCUCCGCUACAUGACAUGCUUUUAUUUCAGUGCACCAGCUUUGAGUGUAUUGUACGCACAGAACAUCGCGAUACUUGCUAGACAUUGUGGUUUAAACGAACGCACGAUUUUAAUUGAAAUCCUGCUCAUGAGUAGUUUAAGGUACUUAGAACCUGAAAUUGUCAUUUUCCCCUUUUUUUUCACUCAUUUUAGGGCUACUGAUUUAUCUUGAUGUUACUUUAAGUGCACAAGUCACUGGACCAAUAUUAAAAACAAACCUAUAGAACAGAUUUUAGGACUAGUACUACCCAGCGAUGUUUCGUCAUUUAAGGUUCUGUCUUAACAUCCCUUCUCAUUUCAGCUUUUACAUUCUCUUUUUUUGUUUUUCAACCUUGUGCUACCCUAAACUGUUGUGGCACAAUGGUACAUUAUUGUUUGUACUAUGUGCCAUUUUGGGACAGAAACCAUGUAUAAGAUAAAAGGUUUUAAAUGUAAGCGGAUGUAUUUACUGUGCUGCUAGUCAGUUGGUGUCGAUCUUCUGAAUCUAUUCUGCUUUUGAUUGGGGCACAAUUGAAUUGUGAUGCUUUGGUGGUGUUUUGGUUAUUUAAAAAAAAAAAACAAGGGGUAUUUGGGGGAUAAAUGAUGCUCUCUGUUGGUCUGGGUCUUUCCCUUCUUUUAUGUGUUAAUGUCUGUGGUUAGGUGAUUUUGAUUUAUAAGGCAUCGCAGUCAUGAACUGGUUGGGCUUUGGGUUAUAGUUGGGUUUUGAUAGGACGAGAUAAACCAUCAAAUAUGCAUUUAUAUAAUGUUUAAAAAGCGACCAUUUGCAUUUUAGUAUCAAAGUUUGGUCAGUGCCUAGUGCUUACAGAGACCAAGACCUUUCUCAGUCUCAGUCUCAGUUCUGACUGUUUCCUCGUGUACAGAGCUCCAAAUGCAGCCAGAAGCAGCUAAUAACUUGUAUGAACCGAUUUUCUGCUCAAGAAAAUACCAGUUCAGAUUUGGAUACAGGAUUAGAAAUGAUCAAAAGGCAACUAUAACUAUGAGAUUGAAUACUUUUGGAGAUGUAGAGCAGGCUCUGCAAGGAGCAAUUUUAAAGCUGUUUCUAAUUUUGUGUGUUAAUAACAUUGUACAGACUGUUUUCAAAUGUUAUUGUAGUGAUUUAACCUGUUAAUUGAGAGGAAAUGCAAAUUCUCUCAGAUGCUGACGUAAUAAAGUAUUCUAAUUUUG